AUGCACAUUGAAGAAAUAUCAGAUGAGGUUGCGGAACGCCUCAAGCUCUCUCAGGCCGAGGGCGAAAAAUCACAGUUGCAAGAGCAAGAAAUUGCACAAUCAUCAUCACAAGAUGCCUCAGCACCCAUAUCAGCCGCUGUAUUUCCAGAACCGGAGCCCGUCAAUAAAAAGUCCAUAGACGAGAUUGUUGCGGACCUGAAGAAGACACCCUUUUUCAUGACGGAGCUAGAAGAGAAUGACCAAACUGAGGCAUUCAAGGCGCUUGCAUAUGAGGGUACUCCCUUAGAAAACGGUUCCGAAUUCAAGGAACGCGGCAACGAGUGCUUCCGCGAGAAGCGCUGGGCUGACGCAAAAGAAUUCUACACGAAAGGUGUGCUGAUACUUGCGGCCGAGGAGCGCAAGCGUGUUAAGGGCGAGCACGAUCCUGAGGUAAAGGAGGAAGAGGUUCAGGAGCAAAAACGAGUACUGGAGUCCUUAUACAUCAACCGCGCGGCCUGUCAUCUAGAGCUGAAAAACUACCGCAGCUGCUGGCUAGAUUGCGCCGCGGCCCUGCGCCUUAACGACAAGAACCUCAAGGCAUACUACCGGUCGGCCAGGGCGUUCCUAGCCGUCGGCCGCAUCGCCGAAGCAGACGACGCAUGUGCACGAGGUCUAGCCCUCGACGAGAACAACGGCCCCCUGAAAGCAGUCGCGCGCGACAUCGUCAAGAAGCACGAGGAAGUAACCGCGAAGCAGAAAAAGGAAGCCGAGAGACUAGCAACAGAGAAGCGCCGAGAAAUCCUCGUCAAGGUGGCUCUCAAGAGCCGCGAAAUCAAAACCCGGACUACGGCCCAACCGCCCGAGAUGGAAGACGCGGGUAUCAGACUAGUCCCGGACCCGGACGAUCCGCGCAGCGCUCUUAGCUUCCCGACCGUGCUGCUGUACCCCGCGCACCUCGAGUCCGACUUCAUCAAGGCGUUCGAGGAGACGGCGGCGCUGGCGGAUCAUCUGAGCUACGUGUUUCCGCUGCCGUGGGACGUGGCGCGCGAGUAUACGCUGGACGGCGUCGAGUGCUAUAUGGAGACGGCGGCGGGCGGGCUGGUCAAAGUCGGCAAGAAAGUCCCGCUGCUGAAGAUGCUGGCGGGGGGCAAGGUCGAGGUCGUGGAUGAGGUGGUGAGGGUUUUUGUGCUGCCUAAGGCUAGGGCGGCGGCGUGGGUGCUGGAGUUUAAGGAGAAGAGGAGGGCGGAGAGGGGUGGGGGGUAG